AUGCCAGCUACAGAUUACCAAGAGGCAUCAUCUGCAUCAUUUUCAAGCUUGGGAUUUUCAAUUUUGAGCAGACGCCGAGAUCAGGUCCAUUCAAUGGAGUCUCCCCACGAGGCCACUGCCCAAGAAAUUGAAUUGGAAGCCUUUCAGAAACUUGUGGCUGAAAAGUUUCAUGAAUUGGCAGCGUCAAACUCCGGUGAGCUUCUUUCGAUCCCGUGGACUCGAAAACUUUUAGAAGUAUUUCUAUGUAUUCAAGAAGAAUUUCGGGUUAUUGUUUUUAAUAAUAAGGGGUCAUUGAAUAAACCUCUUAUGGAUCGAUAUAUGAAUGAGUUCUUUGAGAGGAGUGUUAAGGGUUUAGAUGUUUGUAAUGCAAUUCGUGAUGGGAUUGAGCAGAUUAGACAAUGGCAAAAGCAGUUGGAGAUUGUUUUGUGUGCUUUGGACAAUCAAAGGAGCAUUGGGGAAGGACAGAUUCGCCGUGCUAAGAAGGCACUGAUCGAUUUGACUAUUGGAAUGCUUGAUGAGAAAGAGUCGAAUACGGCUGUUGCACAUAGAAAUAGGUCCUUCGGGCGCAACAAUGUGCAGAGGGACCGCAAGUCAUUUGGCCAGUUCCGAUCACUUUCUUGGAGUGUUUCGCGGUCUUGGUCGGCUGCUAAGCAGCUACAAGCACUUGGAAACAAUAUGGUUGCUCCGAAGCCUAAUGAGGUUACAGCCACCAAUGGACUGAACGUGGUGGUUUUCACUAUGAGUUAUGUGCUUUUCUUCGUAAUGUGGGCUCUUGUGGCUGCAAUCCCAUGUCAAGACCGUGGCCUUCAGACUCACUUUUCCAUUGCUAGGCAGUUCCUUUGGGCAGUUCCGAUGCUCUCCCUCCACGAAAGGAUUUUGGAAGAGUCGAAGAAACGAGACAGGAAAAAUGCUUGUGGGUUGUUGAAGGAGAUUCACGAGAUUGAGAAAUGUGCACGGCAGAUGAACGAAUUGAUCGAUUCUGUCCAGUUCCCCUUGACAGAAGAAAAGGAGGGUGAAGCAAGACAGAAAGUGAAGGAGUUAGGAAUGGUUUAUGAAGCUAUAAAGGAUGGAUUGGAUCCAUUGGAGCGCCAGGUUAGAGAAGUGUUCCACAGAAUAGUGCGCAGCAGGACUGAGGGUCUCGACUCUAUUGGACGAGCAAAUAGUCACGAUUGA